UGAAAAAUAUUAUGUUACCAAUCUUCAAAGAAAGCCAGGAUAAAUGGCCUUAUAUGAAGAACAUGGAAUGUGAACCAGCUCUGCACUUGAACUGCCAAUAAUGCUUUCAGGGGGCCCAAUCAGUCAAGUGACUGCAGCCUCAGGUGGCAGGCCCUGUUUGACAAGGCGCCACUCCCGCCUCCACUGACAGCCGAAAGUAAGGAAAGUCAUGCGCUGAUGAAAACAUCACUUGGAGAGGACUUCACACCACAUUUACCAAGGAGUCUAAUUUUAGACGGAAUAAUUACGCUAUUAGCUCAACUCUCUUGCUGCAGUUGUUUUUCCUUCUAUGGCAUUUUACAAGGACGAUGGCCAGGAGGACGCGCGAGAGUGUCCAGUGUGCUAUGAGUGUCUUUCGGGCGCUGAAAGGACUCUGAGCUGCGGGCAUGUAUUCUGUCACGACUGCCUGGUCAAAACCCUUGUCAGUAGCGAUGGAAACAUCAGAGACACGAUCGUUUGCCCUAUCUGCCGGCAUCUCACAUUCAUCAAAAAACAAAAGGAAGCGCUGGGGUCCCUCGCGGCGGACAAGGAUCCAGAUCCACAUGAAGCGCAGACCCUGGAGGUGCCUCUCCCUCUGUCACUGGGACAGCUCCAGGACGCACGGCGCGCAUCGUGGAACAGUUCACUUAGGGGAGUUAAUUGGAUCGUUGAUCUGUUCAGGGGGAUCUCUGAGCGAGUCCGUCGACAGCGGUUGAUCAGCCCCAGCCAUACUACAUCUCAGAUCUUUAUCAUAAGCGCUCAAGGGCGACCCAUGGCUGAAGAAGAUGCGCUCAGUGUUGUGAUGACUGUGGUUCAACCCCAGCGCAGGCGAAGGCGCAGGAUUUGCACAACUGCCCGAUGCCUCCUCGUUUUGCUGUCAGCCUUUACCAUACUGGCAAUGGUGGCUGCGACUUUACCCUGGAUUUUGUUGGCAUAGCACAGUGAUGUGGGAGUCUGGAUUAUGAAGUGCCAAUGAUGAUGAUGAAUGAUGAAAUGACAUUUAGAGAAAAAAACUCUCCUACACAAAUUUAUCCAUCAGCUAUCCAAUGAAGUGUGUGAAACUGGACUUGCCCGAUCAAAAAUAAUCUGAGCAUCAAUGUACAACCAAUCUGCUGAAAAUGUACAAUUCAGGAAAGCUAUAUAUCUUAAUUUGCAACAUGAUUUUAAAGAUAUGAUCAGGCAUUGUCAUUCCCCUCCCUGGUUUUAGGGAAAAGACAGGGAGUUUAUUGGCAUGCCCACCUCUUUUAUGUGUAUUACCAAGCAACAGUCAAGCAAAGUAAAGGUUAGAAAAGCCCUGACAGCUAAGCCUUUUGUUUUGCAUUCCUGUCUGUGACAAGUUCUACCUGUUUUCUGAAAAUGCAAGAAAUGCAGGAAAUUAUAACAAUAUCAACGGACAUCUGAAAACUUCUGAAUUCAAUGAGAGUGGACAUUUUGGAGAUCUAGUUUAAACAAUUUAAAAAAAAGGGUUUGUGAGAAAAAAAGGCAAUAAAAACUAUUUAACCCUAUAAUCCCAUUGCUGUUCAAGCAGUUCAAUUCAUCAUUGUGUUACCCUGUUGUUGGAUACCCUGUUUCCAAGCAGCAGGCAAUAACUUUGCAAAAGCUGCAAACUGCUUGGUUAAGUGAGGGAGCAAAGUGUCGGGGUGUCACGUUGACAGACCUUCUCUCCUUACAUCACAAGUAGAGGUGUCAGACAUAAAAAAAAAAACACACUCUCAUACAAUUAACACCCUUAAACCUGUAAAAAAGUGUUUAAU